AGGAGGAGUGUGUUCGGAGGUACUCCAUGUUGGUUCUGACUGUUGACUAUUAAUAAUGCUUUGUUUCACUGUGCAUGUGAAGGAUGAAUGGCUGACGGUUCCCUGUAAAGAUCCUUCUUAUAAUAUCCAAUGGCUGGGACAGGAAGCUCUGAGACGCUACAUGAAAGCUAAGGCAGAUGGUGGUGGCCUGGGGUGCACUGAAGAUAUCAAGUUCUUAGUGAAACGCUGUCAAGGGCAGAGUCUGUUGGAUCCUAAUGAUGCAAUUAAAGAUGUCCUGCAAGAUAAAGAUUUUAUCCAGAUUGUUAUCCAAGGGCAAGAAGUUGAAUUUGAUCCAUUGAGCGUCCACUUGGCUCCCCUAAUGCUUCAAUAUUCUCAGCAGUACAUUUACGUGGAUGGAAAUAGCUUAUCAACACAACAACUUGUUCAACUCAGCAAGGGGACUUAUAAAAUCAAGCUUACCACUGAGAGUGAAAGAAGGGUCAACAAAUCAAGAGAGCUGGUAGAAAGAAUCAUCACUGAAGGGCAAGUUGUGUACGGAAUAAACACAGGCUUCGGGAAGUUUGCCAGGACUGUUAUUGCCCCAGAUAAACUUGUGGAACUGCAGGAGAAUGUUAUACGCUCCGCCGCGGUCGGUGUGGGUGAGCCCUUGUCACUGGAAAGGUGCCGUAUGUUGCUAGCUCUCAGGAUCAAUGUCCUUGCCAAGGGUUACAGUGGAAUCUCCUUGGAGACCCUCAAUCAGCUGAUUGAGGCAUUUAAUGCUUCCUGCCUCUCCUACGUCCCAGAGAAGGGAACCGUUGGGGCCAGUGGGGACCUUGCUCCCCUGGCUCACCUUGCCCUUGGACUGAUGGGUGAAGGGAAAAUGUGGUCGCCAAAAAGUGGCUGGGCUGACGCUAAAUACGUUUUACAAGCUCAUGGGCUUCAACCAAUUUCACUGAAAGCUAAAGAGGUAAUAAAGAAGGGCUUUCACCAACGAUUUGGACUGUCCCUGAUCAACGGGACACAGAUGAUCACCUCGCUGGGGGCAGAGGCGGUGGAGAGAGCGACGGCGAUAGCCCGGCAGGCUGACAUUAUUGCAGCCCUUACACUGGAGGUUCUCAAAGGCACCACUAGAGCCUUCGACAGUGGUAUCCAUGAGCUGCGGCCUCACCAGGGACAGAUGGAAGUGGCUGCUCGAAUGCGGUCAGUCUUGGAUUCCGAUAUUCAUUUGUCUGAAAUCUCAGAGAGUCACCGGUUAUGUGACCGAGUACAGGACGCUUAUACACUCCGGUGUUGUCCACAGGUACAUGGGCUGAUCAAUGACACAGUUGCUUUUGUGAGGGGUAUUCUGGAGACUGAAAUGAACAGCGUGACCGAUAACCCUAUUGUAUUUGUGGACAGAGGGGAAAUUAUUUCAAGUGGGAAUUUCCAUGGUGAAUAUCCUGCUAAAGCUCUUGACUAUCUGGCGAUCGGUGUUCAUGAGCUUGCUUCCAUCAGUGAGAGGAGAAUUGAGAGGCUGUGUAAUCCGUCACUGAGCGAACUGCCCGCCUUCCUGGUAAAAGAGGGUGGAAUUAACUGUGGCUUCAUGAUGGCCCACUGUACAGCAGCUGCAUUAGUCUCUGAGAACAAGGUCCUGUGCCACCCGUCGUCUGUUGACUCGCUGUCCACCAGCGCUGCCACUGAAGACCACGUCUCCAUGGGAGGAUGGGCCGCCAGGAAGGCGCUGAAAGUCAUCGAGCACGUGGAGCAAGUGCUUGCUAUCGAGCUUCUUGCAGCCUGUCAGGGCCUGGAGUUUGUACGCCCCCUGCACACAACAGAACCUUUGGAAAGAGUCUACCAGCUGGUUCGCUCAGGGGUGAAGCCCCUGGUUAAAGACCGAUUUAUGGCUCCAGACAUCGAGGUUGUUCAGAGGUUGCUGACGGAAGAACAGGUUUGGAGAGUUGUACAGCCGUACAUGGAACAUUACAGACAAGCACAUGCACCAGAAUAGUCAUCGGCCGUGUGACAGCUGUCCAGCAGUAAAUCGGCAUUUUGUUGGACUUAUGUGAGCAGAAAUGUAAAGAAAUUUGAAGCUGAAAUAUUGCCCCUCCACCCUAACACUAGAGGAAAGAAGAAAAAAAACAGGUUGUUCACCUGCUUGUCAUGUCUUCACACAGAAGUUAACUAACCUGACAACUCAGCUCUGUCACUGGAAUGAUUCCGGAAUUCCAAAGUUGGAUACAGCAUUUUAAAGGCAUAGUCUUGGGAUGUGGGCAUCACUAACCCUGGGGAGUCAUUGACUUAGUGCUGAGGAACUACCUCCCUUUAGAGCUGAACACCAUUCGUUGAAUGUCAUACAGCAUGGAAACAGACAACAGGUCCAUAGCGACAAAGCCAGUCUUGUUUGCCUAUACCUCUAAAUCUUUCCUAUCCAUGUACCUGUCCAAACUUCCUUUCAAAGUUGUUGAUGUGCCUGCCUCAUUGCAUCCUCUGGCAGUUUGUUCCAUACACUGGCUACUCUGGUGAAAACGCUGACACUCAGGUUCCUGUUAAAUUUCUCCCCUCUCACGUUACCCUUGUCCUCUAAUUCUUGAUUCUCCAAUCAUGGAAAAAAGACUGCAUGCAUUUAUCCUAUCUAGGACCCUCAUGAUUUUAUACACCUCUUAUAAUCAUUAAUCCCACUGAAUUAAGUCCCAAACUGCUCAACCUCUUUGCAUAACUAAGUCCCUUGAGUCCUGAUUACAUCCUUGUGAAUUCUCUGCGCUCAUUAUAGCUUAAUGCUGUCUUUCCUGUAGUCAUGUGACAACACAGAACACAGUUUCAGGGCCCGACCAUUCAUUGUGAAAGUCCUACCAUGAUUUAUGUUCCCAAAAUACAACACCUUACACUUACCCGAAUUAAACUCAGUCUGCCUUUGCCUAGCUCGCUUAUGCAGCUGGUCAAUAUUCUGCUCUAAUCUUGAUAACUAUCUUCACUGUCUAAAACACCACCUACUUGAGUGUUUCCUUCAAACUUACAAACCAUGAUACAGAUAUGGAUGAUAAAUAGCAAUGAGCCUAGUACCAAACGCUGGGGAACGCUACCAGGUAGGGGGCCACCAGUCUGGGAAACACGCAUUCUUCUAAACUCCAGCAAGUUACAGGCCCAGGUCACCAAUCACCCCUCAUAUAUUAACCGUUUCACUCCUGGCAUCAUUCCAUAGUGAAGACUAACACAAAAUACUGCUUCAGUUCAUCCGCAAUAUCUUUGUCCAGCAUUACUACCUCCCCAGUGUCACUUUACAACAGUCCGAUAUCACUCUCGUCUCUCUUCUACUUCCCCUUGGCCAUCCAGUCUUGGUGUCAUUGCUGAUCAAGUUUAACACAUUAUCAUCCAGAUCAGUGAUAUAGAUGACAAAAAACAAUAAAGGACCCACAUUCAAUCCCUGUAGCACACCACUAGUCACAGGCUUCCAGCCUGAGAGGCAACCACCUACAACCACUCUCUGGCUUCUUCCGUGAAGCUUAAUGUCUAAUCUAAUUUACUACCUUAUCUUCAAUGCCAAGCGACUGAACCCUCUUGGCCAACUUCUCGUGUGCGAGCUUGUCAAAUUCUUUGCUAAAGUCCAUGUAAAUAACAUCCAGUGUCUUUUUUUCAUUAACUUUCCCAGUAACUUCCUCAAAAAACUCUGUAAGACUGGUUAGACACGACUUACCACGCACAAAGCUAUGCUGAUUAUCCCUAAUCAGUCCCUGUUCAACCAAAUAUUUAUAUAUCCGAUCCCUUAGAAUACUUUCCCACUACUGAUGUCACACUUGUUGGCCUAUAAUUUCCUGGCUUAUUCUUGGAGCCUUUCUUAAACGACAGCUCUCCUCCAAUCCUCCAGCACCUCACCCGUGGCGAAGGAUAUUUUAAAUAUCUCUGCUAGGGCCUCUGCAACUUCAGCACCAUCCUCCCACAGGGUCAAAGAGAACAGCUUGUCAGGCCCUGGCGAUUUAUCCACCCUAAUUUGCCUCAAGACAGCCAACACUUCCUCCUCUGUGAUCUGUAUAGAGUCUGCCACCUCGUUGGUGCAUUGCCUCACAUCUAUAGACUCUCUGUCCGUCUCCCGAGUAAAUACAGAUGCAAAAACAAUUGAUUUAAGAUCUCUCCCAUCCCUUACGGCUCCAUACAUAGAUUACCACUCAGAGGACCAAUUUUGUCCCUUGCUAUCCUUUUACUCAACAUAUCUGUAGAAGCCGUUAGGAUUCUCCUUCACUUUGUCUGCUAGAACAACCUCUUGUCUUCUUUUAGCUCUCCUGAUUUCCUUCUUAACUGUUAUCUUGCAUUUCUUAUACCCCUCAAGUCCCUCAUUUGUUGCUGUCUGCCUAUACCCGCUGUGCAGCUUCUUUUUCUUACCCAGGGCCUCAAUGUCUCUCCAAAACCAAGGUUCCCUAAGCCUGUUAUCAAUAAGACCAUAAGACAAAGGAGCAGAAGCCGGCCAUUCGGCCCAUCGAGUCUGCUCUGCCAUUUUAUCAUGAGCUGAUCCAUUCUCCCAUUUAGUCCCACUCCCCCGCCUUCUCACCAUAACCUUUGAUGCCCUGGCUACUCAGAUACCUAUCAAUCUCUGCCUUAAAUACACCCAAUGACUUGGCCUCCACUGCUGCCCGUGGCAACAAAUUCCAUAGAUUCACCACCCUCUGACUAAAAAACUUUCUUUGCAUUUCUGUUCUGAAAGGGCGCCCUUCAAUCCUUAAGUCAUGCCCUCUCGUACUAGACUCCCCCAUCAUGGGAAACAACUUUGCCACAUCCGCUCAGUCCAUGCCUUUCCUCUCCUCUCCUAUGAACCAAAGCCUCAACUCCCCACUCCAACAUUGGCCCAUUCACACAACGCUGCUCCACUUAACCCUAACGUAAGUGCCUAAUUAUGUGCAAUCCAAUGUCUCCUUGGAAACUGACUCACAAAAUGUGCUGACAGCUCCUGCUCGCUUCUUUUAAACUCUCCCUCUACACAAUCUGGUGUUUCCUCCGGACUGUGACACACAAAAUAUGCCAACUGCUGCGGCUCGCUUCUUUUAAACUCUCCCUCUACACAAUCCGGUGUUUCCUCCGGACUGUGACACACAAAAUAUGCCAACUGCUGCGGCUCGCUUCUUUUAAACUCUCUCUCCCUCUACGCAAUCCGGUGCCUCCUCGGUACGAUGGCGCGCAAAAUGUGCUGACCAUUUUCUCUCGCUUCUUUUACUCUCUCUCCCUCCGGUGUUCCCUCGGAAACGUGGCACGCAAAAUUCCACAAGUGUUGAGGAGAUCGAGAGCACGUGAAGCAGUAUGGAUGUAGGUGGGAAGGGACUAAACCAAGGGUGAUAAAAUGGAGGCAAAGUAUGUGGGCACAAGUCCAGCAGGGCAGCAGCUGGCAGACACAAUGGGUCUACCCUGACAGUCAGGUUGGUCAGGUAAAAACGAGGGUAAGGGAACUUUGAGGUUGGUAGCAGUGGAUGGGCGAUCUGCAGAGAUGAUAAGGUCCCAGACAAUAUCCUGAUGGUCCUGCGUGGGUUCCUUUUCAAGUUGUAAGUAAGAGGAGGUGUCUGAGAUUUGCUGCUGGCCUCAGUAAGGUAGAGGUCAGUCCACCUUACUACAACAGCACCCUCUUUGUCUGCUGGUUUGUUGGUGAGGUUGGGUCUGGAGCCUGAGCUGGUAGUGUUGAUGUAUGUGCUAAUCAUAAAUAAAAUGUUACAUUUUCCAUGCUACAGGAGGAAAUUUAUUGUGCAAUCAUCAUGGACCCCUUCAACUGUGACUGGAAUAUAUUAAAUUGUCAGUUCUCCAAA